AUGACCAAUACGCUUAAGCAAUUCAUACAUAUUCAAGCCACCACAAAUAAUCAGAACACUCAGGCCAUAAAUGACUUGCGGGGCACCAUCAAUAAGAUCAGCACGACAUUGAGCUCUCUAGAGAGUGGAAAAUUUCUAACUCAGCCUCAGCCUAAUCCUCAUGGCUUGUGCACAGUGAAGAGGAAGUUAAAUGUAAAGAAUAAAGCUUUCUUAACGGAGCAAGUCAGUGCAUUGAUAUUGAGCAAGACUCUUCAGAAGUUCAGAGAUUUUGCCUCUCCUAACAUUUCUAUUAUGAUCGGUGAGUCACGCAUUGGGAGAACUUUACUUGAUUUGGAGAGUAGUGUGAACUUACUACCGUUCUCAGUGUAUGAGCAGUUGGGAUUGGGAGAGUUGAAAAACACCUUUAUCAUGCUACAGUUGGUUGACAGAUCUGUUAAGCAGCCAACCUCUACUAUUUAUCAAGCUCCUGUCAUCCUUGGAAGACCAUUUCUAAAUACGUCAAAUGCUUUGAUUAAUUGUAGAAGUGGAGUUCUGAAACUUUCUUUUGGGAACAUGGCACUUAAGUUGAACAUUUUCAAUGCUUGCAAGAUGCCAUCACAUUUUGAUGACACAAGUGAUUUGAAUGUUGUAGAGAGUUUGACACCAACAAGAUUUAUUUGCUCGAAUUUUUCCUUCUCUGAUGAUGAUUCCAUUUUUCAGACACCUGAAUUGAUGAAAAAGCUGACCAUGUUAAUGAAAAUGUCCUUGAAGUUUUGGACUGUUUUGCAGAUUAUUCUUUACCACUUGAAGUGCAAUUUGGAAGUGCAAGAUAGCAAUCACAAAGACACUUUUCUUGUGGUGAUUUACUCGAAGUUAAAUAAGAAGAAUGAAGCCCAGUUGAUUGAAAUCUUAAGAAAGUAUCGAGGCGCAAUUGGUUGGAUAAUACCCGACAUCAAAAGUAUUGAUGUUGUUGUUUGUACCCACAAAAUCCAUCUUGAAGACAAUGUUAGACAGGUCUGUGAUACUCAACGAAGGCUCAAUCCUACCAUGAAGGAAGUUUGCAAAGAGGAAGUGCUCAAACUGCUCACAGUGGCACCUGAGGACCAGGAGAAGAACACUUUUACCUGUCCUUUUGGCACUUUUCCUUUUACCAGAAUGCCUUUUGGUCAUAUUGUUUCUUCUGAAGGUAUAAAGGUCGAUAAGGCAAAAAUUGAAUUAAAAUCUAAACUUCAUAUCCCUAGGACAAUUAAAGAUAUUCGUUUCUUUCUUGGUCAUGCUGGCUUUUACAGGCGAUUUAUUCAGGGGUUUCAUUUUGUUGCAAAACUUUUGCGUACUCUUUUACAAAAUGAUGUUGAAUUUGUUUGGUCCAAUGAGUUCCAAAAAGCUUCUGAUACCUUUAAGGAAUCACUUAUCACACCCCUCAUUAUGCAACCUCCACAGUGGGACCUUCCCUUUGAAAUCAUGAUUGAUGCUAGUGACUAUGCCUUAGGGGCUAUUUUGGGUCAACGUGUGAAUAAUAUGCCUUCUGUGAUUUACUAUGCCAGUAGGACUUUAAAUGAAGCCCAGAAAAAUUACACCACUGUUGAAAAAGAAUUACUUGCAGUGGUUUUUGCACUUGAUAAAUUUCGGGCUUACAUUUUUUGUUCCCAUGUUACUAUUUUCACUGACCACUUUACUCUUAAAUAUUUGUUGGCUAAGAAAGAUGCAAAACCAUGCUUGAUCCGCUGA